AUGGAGGCGCCUUUAGGGUUGAAGAAAGGUGCAUGGACGGCGGAGGAAGACGACCGUCUCAGAAAGUGUGUUGAGAAGUAUGGAGAAGGAAAAUGGCAUCGAGUCCCAUUUGCAGCAGGUCUAAAUAGAUGCAGAAAGAGUUGUAGAUUGAGGUGGUUGAAUUAUCUGAGUCCAAAUAUCAACAGAGAAAAGUUCACUGUUGAUGAAGUUGAUCUCAUGAUGAGAAUGCAUAAGCUUCUAGGAAACAGGUGGUCGCUAAUUGCUGGUAGGCUUCCUGGAAGAACAGCAAACGACAUAAAAAAUUAUUAGAAUACUCAUUUACGAAAAAAAGAUCCAAAUUAUUUCCUUAACAAAAAUGAUAGAGAAUGUCUACAUAUUGAGAAAGUGAAUGCAAUAAAGCCUCAAGCUCGAGCUUUUUCCAAGAAUAUGGUGUUUCAUGAUGAUAAAUCUUCAUUUACUAGCGAUCAUAAUCAAGAAUGCCUUGUAUUGGAUCAAGACAAUCUUAAUUUCCAGCCUUUAAUGUCUUCUGUUUAUCAAUCUGACGACGAGACUACAUGGUGGCAGAGCCUGUUAGAUGAUAAAACAAAUGGACCACAAAACGCCUAG